AUGAUGACGCCAAUCUCUCCAUCCGAACAGACAGGCACCGUCAACGCCCGGCGCGUGCUAGCGUGCGUGCUAUGUCAGCAACGCAAAGUCCGGUGUGAUCGUACAUUCCCUUGCGCCAACUGUGUACGUGCCGGCGAGGAGUGCGAGCAAGCAACUCGUCAGCGACGUCGGAGGUUUCCCGAGAGAGAGCUACUAGCGCGCCUACGGCACUAUGAGAGCCUGCUUCGCAAGCAUAACAUCAAGUUCGAUCCUCUCCACACGCCUACUACAGAGCGUAGGUCUCCCAGUGAGGAUGGGCGAGAUGGAAUUGCAGACUGUCCCCAGUCGGAACGUAUACUCUCUGACCCGGAUUCCCGCCUGUCGAGAGAAAAGACAGCAGUCCAGUCUAAAUCUUUGUACGAGGCUCUGCCCUGUUCUUCUGGUGAAAGCACAGGAGAUCCUAAGGACGAUGACGGAAAUGACGGCCAAGACGAUGAAAACGACACUGGGUUCCUACACGACAACGAUGAUAUGCGCCACGCCGUGAUCAAGAAGGCAUGGAACCAUAGGUUUCAAGGCAAAAGCAAUGACCACCUUUUAUUCGGUUCACCAGUAUGGGAUGUCGAUGGCCUUUCUGCUUUGCAUCCAACCCAGGUACAGAUCUUCAGGCUCUGGCAGAUCUACUUGGACAAUGUCAAUCCGCUUCUCAAAGUCACUCAUACACCCACCCUUCAAACACGUAUCAUUGAUGCUGUUGGCGAUAUCGCUAAUGUCAGUCCCACAUUGGAAGCAUUGAUGUUUAGUAUCUACUGUGUAACCGUCCUGAGUCUCACAAAUGAUCAAUGCGGUGCCUUAUUCGGAUCUCCCAAAAAGGAUCUCUUGACAGUCUAUCAGUCUGCAUGCCGGCAAUCGCUAUGGCAUUGUGGUAUUCUACGCUCCAGCGACCGGGAGUGUUUGACCGCAUUGUAUCUGUACCUAGUGUCGAUCAGACCGGACACAGACCCUGCCUCUCUCUCAUCUAUGCUUAGCGUUGCUAUCCGAAUCUCUCAGCGGAUAGGGAUUCACAACGAGUCAACGUACGGUAAAUGUUCCGCUCUAGAGGCAGAGAUGCGUCGAAGACUGUGGUGGUCGCUCAUCAUCUUCGACAAUCGUAUCUGUGAGAUGUCCGAUUAUAAGACCGCGUCGCUGGCUCCUACCUGGGACUGCCAGGUUCCUCUCAAUGUGAGUGACUUCGAGCUUCAGCCAGACAUUAAAGCCCCACCUGCACCAAACAACAGACCAACAGAGAUGCUCUUCGCUGUUGUGCGCAGUGAGCUCUCCGACUUUGUCCGUCACAGCGCCUUUCACCUCGAUUUCACCAAUCCAGUUUUGAACAAGACUGCCCCUCAAUCCACCAACAUAGACGAGGCGGAGCGGCUUGUGGCGCUGGAGAAGACAAUAGAGGAAAAAUACUUGGCAUUGUGCAAUCCAGAAAACCCACUGCACUUCAUGACGAUGUGGACAACGCGGGGACACCUAGCCAAGAAUCGUCUGUUGCAACACUACUCUAAACACUUGACGGCCUCCGUGGAGCAGACAGAUACCCAGAGCAACGUCGGCAUUUCCCACGCGCUGCGAAUGCUGGAGUGUGAUACCAACCUCUUGAGGUCGCCUAUCAUCAAAGGAUAUCUGUGGCUUGUUGACUUCCACUUCCCCUUCCCCGCGUACAUUCACCUUCUGCAGGAUUUGAAGAAGAGGCCCGUCGAAGAGCAUGCAGACCGGGCGUGGGAGGUGAUGAGCAAGAACUACGAGGUCCGCAUCAUGGAUGCGCAGGAGGAAGACCGGCCAUUUUUCAUCGUCUUCUCUCGGAUUGUCUUUCAGGCUUGGGAGGCGCGUGAAAUUAUAGCCAGACAACAGGAGACGCCCUUGAUACCUCCCCUAAUUGUGUCGGAUAUCCGGAAGAAAGUGAUGCAGAUGAUGUCGAAUUUCGCACAGGAUGUAGACACGGUGCAUCCUGGUGACGCCUCGGGUGUCAAUGCCAAUGUGGACAACCUGUCAAUGCCUAUGCAAAUGGAUUUCAAUGUACCGGGGACGUCUUAUGGCACUGGAGGGGAGGUGCCUACGAGUUUGGGACAGUGGGUAUACCCUGAGGCGCUUGGGCAAAGCUCCACUGACGUGGAUGCGAAUCACUUUAUUUGGAGCACGAUGGACUGGAAUAUGUUGCAUACACGCAGUGGUUGA